AUGGCGAACGAUCAAGAGAAUCUAACCGAGAUUCAAGCUCUACAGGAGAAAGUCAAAGCACUUACGAUUGGAAGGAUCUCGAUCAAAAUCCCACCUUUUUGGCCAGACGACCCAGAAUUGUGGUUUGCCCAGAUUGAAGCUCAAUUCGACUUAAACAAAAUCUCCGCAGAAAGAACCAAAUUUUCCUACGUUUCAGGUCAUUUGGAAGGCCGUUGGGCGAAAGAGGUCGCGGAUCUCAUCCGUAAGCCUCCCACCACCGACCCAUACACAACUUUAAAAAAAGCCCUGAUCGACCGGCUGUCAAAAUCAGAGGCCCAGCGGAUCCGCCAAAUUCUUGGAGAAGAGGAAAUAGGGGACAGCACGCCGUCUCAAUUCCUCCGUCGCCUCCAGUCGCUCGCUGGAAACACAAUUGUCCAAGACAACAUGCUGAAGACGGUAUGGUUACAACGCCUGCCAACUUCAGCCCAGGCAAUCCUUCAAACGCAGCCUGAAAAUUCAUCCUUGGACCAGCUGGCAAAAAUGGCGGACCGGAUCAUCGAGGCCAUCCCUACGAAGCCCAAUGCAGCUGUUUUUUUUCAGUCAGCGCCGCUGACUCCGACAAAAUUUCAGAACUAA